AUGAUGAUGCAGCGCAAGAAGGCCUUUGUGGUCGGGCAAGGACUCAACAGAUUUGACAUGGCUCAUGUGACGAAUGUAGCAGAUGCAAUUGUAACCUUGGUCGAGGCUGCCUACGAAGAGCUUGAGACUCAAUAUGCCAACAAUCCAAGUUCCUCUUCCAAGGCGCACUGGAAUGACAAAGGAUAUUAUUUUCUCACUUCUGAUUGGAAAACCCCGAAUAAAGCUACUUAUGUCAAAACAGCUCAAUCUCUGAUGAGAAUGAGAUCCAUACCACUCGAUGAUGGUGUGGAUUAUUUGACACCGGACGAGGCGACGUCAUUGCAUCCAUUUGGAACCAUUAUUUUCGGGGGCAACCUGAAGAUCCAAGGGAAAAGGAUAAGAGAUAAGUUAGGGUGGAAAGCCUCUUCUAUCCGUUGGGAAGACGCUCUGAAGGAGGAGAUAGAGAAUGAGGUCUCAAGACAGGCUAGGGGGAAGUUUUGGGAGUUGGGUUUGGUCGUGAAUAAGAAAUAG